UUAGGCUCUGCAAUGUAGCGCUCGCGGCAGCGUGCUACUGGCAGGGGUAUCGCCUUGUCGGUUUCCCGCCAACCGACUGGUGGGUGACUGCUCCGGGCAGUGCCUAGCAUGCAGCGUGAGGUUGGAAGCUUCCCCUUGGCGCCUUCUGUAAGGGCCAAGCUGAUCGCUGCUGGCUUCAGUACCCUGCAGGACGUAGCGGACGUGACAGCCAUUGAACUCGCUAGAGGUAACCCAGCCAUUCCGGGAGCAAUAGAAGCUGGACUACCUGAAGACAGUGCUGUGAAAGUCUUGCAGAUUUUGAGGAGAGAGAACCAGAGCGGCACAUCGGUAACCCUGAAACACACAGCAUUGGAGUUACUGGAACAGGAACAAGCCCAGGCCUCCAUUAUAACCUUCUGCUCAGCAUUAGAUGAGGUUCUUGGAGGGGGUGUGCCAUUGGCCAAGGUCACCGAAAUAUGUGGGCCGCCUGGUGUGGGAAAAACACAAUUAUGCAUGCAGCUUGCCGUUGAUGUGCAAAUCCCAGAGUGCUUUGGCGGUGUUGAUGGAGAAACCGUGUACAUUGAUACGGAGAAUGGCUUUCUUGUGGAGAGACUUGUGGAUAUUGCCAAUGCUUGUGUUCUGCACUGCAGUCUUAUAACACAGGCUCAUCAACAAGAUGACCAGAAAAUAGCCAUGCAGAUGUUCACGCUCAACAACAUAUUGUCAAAGACUCAUUACUUCAGCUGCCAGAACUAUGCUGAGCUUCUUGCACGGAUAUUUGUUCUUUCAGACUUCAUAGCCCAGCAUACCAAGAUCAAACUGGUUAUCAUCGAUAGCAUUGCAUUUCCUUUUCGACAUUCCUUUGAUGACCUUUCUUUACGGACGCGCCUUCUAAAUAUGGUGGCACAGCAGUUAAUAAACAUUGCCAGUCAACACAAGCUAGCAGUGGUAAUAACGAAUCAAAUGACCACGAGAAUUGGAUCUAGCGAGUCACUGCUUGUACCAGCUUUAGGUGAAAGCUGGGGCCAUGCGGCUACUAAUCGGAUCAUUCUUCACUGGGAAGGAUUGCAAAGAUUUGCAGCGUUAAACAAGGCAUCAAACCAGAAAGACGUCACUGUACAAUUUCAAAUAACGCAUAAAGGUUUUCGAGAUGUACAAGCUGUCGAGCCAAAUUCAGCAAAGUCUGAAAUAAACCCACGCAAGCGCCUAAGGGAACAUGAUAAAGAAUACCAGCCUUAAAUUUAUAUAUAUAAUUUUACUCUAAAUUGAACAAUUAUUUAUUUGUAUUUUGUCCAUGCACUUAGUAAAGAAUGAAAGCGUGAAAGUACAAAGAUGUUUUUUUAUAUAAUCACUAGAUAAUCUUAUAAUUGUUGUACUUGCUAAUAUAAGACAAUGCUUAUUUUCGUUAAAGAGUUUUUUUCCACAAUCUGCACCACUUUUGUUUAUGGGCUGUGUCUGAACUUCACAUCCAUUUACUUGAAGUGGGCUGAACAUUUAAAGGGCAUCUGUCUGCAGAUUUGUCCCUAUAAAACUGGCCUCUUACAUGUGCACUUGGCAGCUGAAGGCAUCUGUGUUGGUCCCAUGUUCACAUGUGCCCGCAUUGCUGAGAAAAAUGUUUUAAUAUAUGCAAAUGAGCCUUUAGGAGCAAUAGGGUCGGGGGGAAUGGGGGGGGGGCCAGACCUUGUUUCUAAUCUUGGAAAACUUGUUAUACAUGUAAACUUUUUAAUGGUAAUAAUGUUUAAAAUCACAAAUAAUGCUAGUUCUAUGUCUGUAUACUGUCUUCUAUUGAAGUAAAUAUGCUCAAUUAUUAAUUCUAUGUCUGUGUUUUGCUGUUAACCUAUAUUCCCAUCUCUAGAUAUGAUCAUAGAAUUAUUUUUUUGGACUACAGAUGUUAAAAGUAAUAAUUUGAAGGAAGCAUACAUAUAAAGGUUUUGUUAAAGGGGUUGGCCACUUGUAUGGCACUUACUAAUAUAUAAAAUGUACACCAUAGCAACUAGUACAUUUACAAGGGAUCUGAAGACCUGUUCCUCCUCUAUCUAAAAUAUAAAAAAGGAGGAUGGAAAUCUGGUUCUCGUAUCACUUUUUGUGGGAUCUUUGGAUUUACUCCUGCUAUAUCUAAUUGGAGGGAUCUGUUCCUACUAUACAGUAUGCGUAUUGAGAGAUCUGCUGCUGUCAUACAAUAUAUAAUUCUGCUAAAAGAUACUUUGUUUUGAGCAGUCAUUGAGGUGCAGGCAUGUUUUAGCAUGAACUUGGUGCUCCAUUUCUAGUGACCAGAUUAUUGUUGGGGGACGUUUACUGUUGGCGUAUCCUUAGAAUAACAGUUUUUGGUAUGUUAAUAGUCUUUGAGUUUCCCCCUUUAGAGAAAAUUCUGUGGUGUGUUUUUUUUUUUUUUUUUUUUUUGCAAAAGUAGAAGCUCUUUUUGAUGCAGAACACAUCACAGCUUCUAGUCGUCACUUCUCAUGUUUUGUCCUUGUAUACAAUACUCCCUUGUGAAAAUCAAUUCAGCUUUACUUUAAAUCUAACAAAAAGAGGCCCUACUUUAUUCUCGUGCAUUAGGUGACGUGAUUUUGCUUUAUUAGUAGGG